CUUCCAUCCACCUUUGCACAGCCGACUUGUUGGCGUUGACAAGCGCGGGCGUUCAUCCACCCUUUGCCUUGGCGAAUUGCGCCUCGCCCAAUGGCCUCGCCCACGGUGGUCAAGUCGGGCUUCUUGCUGAAGGCGUCACGGCACACCCGCACGUGGAAGUCGCGGUGGGUCGCGGUGUCACACGAAGACGGCUCCUACUACCUCUCUUCGUUCCGUCGUGGCUCGGCCGUCUUCUCAGCCCGCCAUUCAACAGAGCGGAUGAAUCUCCGAGGUGCCACAGUGCUGCUGGUGACCAAGGACGACUUGGCGUGCCCUCCAGGCGUUGUCGGUAACCACAUUUUUGCUCUCGCCCUCGCCGACCUCCGCGUCUUUCACUUCUGUUGCGUCGAAGCCGACAACAGCUGGCUCCUUGCCAUCAAUGCCUGCAUCGCUGCUGCUGACGACCGGGACGACGCGUUGCAGUCGGCCAACCGCGUAGCUCUCGCUCGUGCGAUGAGGAGCUGGCGAGGCGGGUGUAAGAGGGUGGACGGUGGCCCUCAGCCGGUGCACAGCAUACACCUUCGCCUGCGCCGGGCGGUGCGGUGCUGGCGUGAGCGCUGCGUUGCACUCUCCACUGCCUCCGCGGCGCUGCGAGCCACAGAGGCUUCGCGGCCGCGCCUGCGGCGUGCGUUUGCUGCGUUGCGACGGGCGGGCAGUGGCGGGCCAGAGCGCGGAGAGGUGGUCGCGGCUGUAUGCAGGGCGAGGCUGCGGCGUCUCGAGGUUGGCUUCGCGGGUCUGCACCACGCCUCGAGGUUCUGGCCGAUGCGGCGCGGCUUGGUGGCACGGCUGCAGCGCGACGCGCCACGGCAGCGGGUGCUUCGCGUGUGGCGCACGUGGGCGUCGGAGAGGUGGGGCGAGGCGCAGCGCCGCGCUGCCGCAGAGACCUUGCUCGAGGCGCGCACACCGCGCAGCAGAGGGGUGGCCGUCAGCUGUGCUUUCCACCGGCUCGCCGCGCACGGCCGGCGACAGAGGAGCGAGCGCGCGCUGGGGGUCCGCCGGGCGCUGCUGCAGUGGCGGCGGGCCGCCGCAGCAUCGCGGCCGCGCCGCGAGAUGCUCGAGAUGCGCCGUCACAACGCGGCGCUGUUGUCGCACGUCGCCUCCCUCGCGGGGACGGUGCAGACUUUGGCUGUGGAGGCGCGGCUCGAGGAGGUUGCGGAGCAAGAGGCGCUGCUGCUUGAGCGGCUCCAGGAGGAUGACGCCGACGCCGGGGCGGUCGCCAAGCUGCACGCCCUCCAGGCCGAGGUGGCCGACUUGCGGAGGCUGGGAGAAAGCCUCAUCUGCGGCGGCGGCGUCGACGGGUACGAGGCGUUCGACUCGAGCGCGCCGCGGCAAUACCCAACCGACGACGGUUCAUAUGAACCUUUCGCUUCUCCUGGCCCCGCCUCGCCGACCUCCUCGUCGAGCGGCCAAUACUUUAGCGCCAGCGAUCGGUCGGACCAGCCGGCGCCAUAAACAGAGGGGCACGGGGCACACGGCUCUAACUGUGCCGUUAUCAUUCCGCGCAAAACAAGUUUUUUUAUGUUUGUAUGAUUAA